GGAAGCCAUAGAGUUAAUAUAAAGCCUUCUACUUUGCGUCCUAUGUAUAAUUUGAGCAAUAAAAAUGCGACUGCGCUACAAAGGUUCGACUUUUCAAAACUGCAGCUGUUCACUCUUGUUUCUUUUAAAAAUUUUUUAACGGUUUUCUUCUUUUUUUUUGCACAAGAUUGUCAGUUCAAUGCCAUUGGCGAGUCCUGCGACUCACGUGACUGCUGUUCGGGUAGCGGCAUGGGUAGCGGGCCAUGAGCUUUUGUGCUCGGCGCGUUCGGCUUUAGUUAGGUGCCGACUGCCACGCUUUUUUAGGCGGUACGACUGAAAGGAAAAAUUGUGGCGUUCUCCACGCGUUUGGCUUGCGAUUUUGUUUGUUUCCCAUCGCCGAUUACCAUUCUGUGAAGUUUUGCCUCUGUUAUUUGUGUGUUACCGUUGUGUGCAAUGAUGUUUGCUUCAGUAGCCGUUCUAAAUGACUAAUGAAUCGAUUCCUGAUGUUUUUGUGUAGGGGCAACUUAGUGUGGCGGACACUAUAAUUGUUUGAAAGUGUGGCCGUCCUUUCUCCAACAAUGUCGAAAGUGACAGUGACAAAGGAAGAAGCCUUACAUCUCUUGGAACUUGACGGCACAAGUCCAUCAGCGACAGACAUACAGAUGCAGUACCAGAAGCUGGCGCUGAAGUGGCACCCAACCAGGCAUCGAGCUAACUUGCGAUCUAUAGAGAGAUUUGACAGGUUAUGCCGGUCAUAUAUAGUACUCACCGAAGGACGAGAAUCAAUGAGCACCUUACUGUCACAAACUGAAAUGUUGAAUGUGUUUAUCAAGGCCUUUGAGCUGGAAGGUAUGCACUUUGACAAAGAAGCCGUAGCUCAAGAUGCAGCUACGCAGUGCGAGUCAAGGCCUAGUACAAGCACACAGACGUCUUGGAUGAGGCACUCUGCGUCCAAAAGCACUGCUACUGCUUCAGGUGGUGCUAGUGCUUCGGGUGGUGCUAGUGCUUGUGCUGGUGCUAGUGCUUCUGCUGGUGCUACUGCCUCUGGUGGUGCUACUGCUUCUGGUGGGGCUACUGCUGCCACCGUGACCUCUUUAACCGGAAAGAAACCAGCAGCUUCAGAAAAAGCAAAGCAGAAUUUACAAGAAGUUGCAGUUGCUUCUGUUGAAGAAAAGUCGCAAGAGAAGAAGAAGAAAAAGAAGUCCUCUAAAAAGAGUAAAAAGCGUCGCCAGCAGCGAGAGAAGCAGCAGUCAAGCAAGUCGUCGUCCAAAAAAGACAGGUCCAGCAGCUCCAGCAGCUCUGAAGAUGAAAAGAGGGAGACAGAUGAGGAUGAGGACGAACUGGACCCCAACAGUGCUUUUGUGGCCAUGGCACUUAGCCGAAAGGCCAAAGGAGCAGUACCAAGGCCCACUGUAGCCUCAGGCGGCGUCAUUCCCAAGACACCAAAAAAAUCUGCACAAGAUGUCGUCACUCGGAGCCGGAAGCUGGCCCGUGAAGGAUACGAAAUGUGCAAUCUGGGGCGCCACAAGGAAGCCAUUGAGCUAUUCACUCAGGCCAUAAAGUUGUAUGCACAAGAGCACAGUUAUUUUGGGAACCGGUCAUACUGCUACAGCAUUUUAGGAAAGUAUGACAAGGCCCUGAAGGAUGCUGAGAAGGCGAUCAGCCUGCAGCCCCAGCUAGCUAAGGGCUACUUCCGUCGUGCCAAGGCACAGCUUGGCCUGCAGAAGUACAGCGAAGCUGCAGAAUCAUUCAAGAGGGUGCUUGAAAUUGACCCAUCCUGCCAGGAGGCCCAUAUUGAGUUGCGCAGUGUGCACGUCUUUGAGAUCAUGAGCAUGGGUUUCACAGAGGAGCAGGCUGAGUGGUCCUUGACUCAUGGAAACGAAGAUGUCCAAACAGCCAUCAAUAUACUUUGUGGGCCAGAUGCAGUUGUGCCUGAUGUUAAGAUGAACCCUUGUAACAUGGAUGGCUUUCGCUCUCUCUGGGUUGGCAACAUCAAACCUGAAGUCACUGAGAAGAUGCUCAUUGACCUGUUCCGGCGUUACGGGGAUGUGCACAGCAUUCGAAUCCUGCAUGACCGGCACUGUGCCUUCAUCAACUACGGCAACAAGCUUUCGCCUGGAAAAGCCAUGGAGGCUUUGCAAGGCCAUAUACUGUGCGGAUCAGCAAUUCUCAUCCGGUUUCCAGAUAACAACUACCUAGAGAAUGGAUCUAAGAAAGAGCCAGUGACAGUGCUGCGAAAGUCCAGUCUGAAGAUGUCAGCAGAGGAACAGAAGUCAGCCACUACAUUGAGUGAACCGAAGGUCAAGGUAUCUGGGCCUGUGAAUGGCAAUGAAUGUUACUUCUGGAGAACUACUGGCUGUACCUAUGGUGAUAACUGCUACUAUGACCACAUUCCUAGUCACAAGGGUAUCGACUGGAAAGCACCGCGUAGCACUGGAAAGUUCAAAUGAUGCACAGCUGCUGUUUCUGUGGCUGUGGAAUGUAAAGGUUCACCAUGAAACUGCCUUGCACCGAAGAUGGCUUUGUGACAACAGAAAAUGGCUCCUCCGAUUUUGGGACCAAGUCAUUGGAAUGGCCAAUCAUCCAUCAUGUUUGCUCAUUGUUUGCUUUGUGUGACUGCAACUUCUUUAUUGUUUGUACAUGUGUGUAUUCUUCUUCCUUCUUCUUUUCUUUGUGAAGCCAAAGGUUUGGCAGUUGCCUUGGGCUGUAAUGAGUCUCCUUUGACUGCUGUGCCCCGACUCGCACACCCUGGCUGUGAUAAUGUAACUAUGUGUAAUUGUGUGCUUUGUUUUAGAUUCUAGAUUCAUGUUUGUUGUGGCUCCUAGUCCCUCUUGAAUUCUUUUUUAUAUUGUGCUACUUUAAUUGCUUUUGUUUCCUGCUCAACUUCACUGUGUAAGUUUGGAUGGUGUGUUACCCUAGAAAAAUUCUUGCAGUUCACAGGGAGUGCUCUGGUUAAGACAAUCAAAUACUCGUGGCCUUUGAUAGUCGAUGCCAAUUUCAGAGCUAAAGUGUGACGCUGUAUUUAUACAGUUUUCAUCAGCAGUUGGCUUUAAUCUUAAACUUGUGCACCUUGUUUAUACCAAGAGCUGUUAUGAGACACAGCUGUCCGUUGUGCUUUUGUGCACUGGACCCUGCAAAAGUUGUUUUCUCUGCAAAUGUUCAUUAGGAGCGACCCUGUGUUUGUGCCUUGUUGAGAUGGCAUUUAAGUAACUUCGAGAAGUCUUAUUUUUGUUACAAAAUAAAUGAAACAAUGAAUUUUA